UCGUUGCUUCGUUCAGCAGAAUUUCCGAGAGCUGAAGAAGAAGAGGGAGGAAAGAGAAGAGAAGAGCGAAGAAGGUUUAAAGAAGGGAACGACUGAGGUGUGGGACUAAACCUGAGCAACUAAGUGCUGCAUUUUAAAGGUAAAGAACAAUUGGAGGAAGAGAAGAAGACCAGACAGAGGAUAGGAAGAAGAGAGAAGGGAGAGGAGGAAGAGGAGGGAUUUUUGAGAAAGCAAGAGAGCCACUGUGAAAGAGAAGAGAGGAAGAAAGAAGUCAGUGCAGAGUGCAGAAAGUUAUCCAGAUUCCCCGAAAGAGCAAAAAGAGGAGAGCAGAAUCUACAGCCGACACAUAAACCUUGGUCAGCCAUCCAUCAUCCGGGAUGGACAAAGUGGAGCGAGUGAUGAAGAUGGUGAAGAGGAUGUCGCCGAGAAAGAAGAGGAGAGAAGGAGGAGGAGUGAAAGGAGGAGGGCCAGGAGAGCUGGAGAGCCCGGACACCCUGUGCGACGAACUCUGCCGCUUCAGCCUCUGCAUUGGCGAUGACGGGCCGUAUGGGAAAACUAAAGAUAUCUCUGGACCAGAACAGAACAUGGCCUCGAGAAGACACAGUAUACCAGAAGCUCUGCGGGGGGUGACCAUGGUGGAGCUGGUGAAGAAAGAAGGAAGCACUCUGGGCCUCACCAUCUCAGGAGGAACCGACAAGGACGGGAAACCGCGGGUAUCGAACCUGCGGCCCGGAGGACUGGCGGCCAGGAGCGACCAGCUGAAUGUCGGUGACUACAUCAAGUCGGUGAACGGCAUCAAUCUGACCAAACUGAGGCACGAAGAGAUCAUCAGCUUACUGAAGAACGUAGGGGAGCGAGUUCUGCUGGAGGUGGAGUAUGAACUGCCCCCUACAGCACCAGACAGCACCUCUGGGCUUAUAUCAAAGACAAUCGACAUCUGUUUGCACAAAGAGGGGAGCAGCUUUGGUUUCGUCAUGAGGGGUGGUACCCACGAAGACUGGCACAAGUCCCGCCCUCUAGUGGUCACCUACGUCAGGCCGGGAGGUCCUGCAGACAGAGAGGGAAUGCUGCGUCCAGGGGACCGUCUCCUCAGCGUGGACGGCGUGCCGCUGCACAACGCCAACCACUGCGACGCCCUCAGCGUGUUGGCUCAGUGCGGCCAGGAAGCCUUGUUCCAGAUAGAGUAUGACGUCACUAUCAUGGACACGGUGACGAACGCAUCCGGGCCGCUAUUAGUGGAGAUUAUCAAGUCGCCAGGAGCCACGCUGGGUAUCACGCUCACAUCCGCCAAUCAUCGAAACAAGCAGGUCAUUGUCCUUGACCGGGUUAAACCUGGAAGCGUGGUGGACAGAUGUGGAGCAUUGCAUGCUGGAGAUCAUCUGCUGUCCAUAGACGGGACAUCGACAGAACACUGUACGGUCCUGGAGGCGACGCAGCUGAUAGCGAGCACGACAGAACUGGUGAAGUUAGAAAUACUUCCCUCCCAUCAAACAAGGCUAACUGGGAAGCAGCACGACACAGUGAAGGUUCAGAAAUCGGACCACCCCCACUCCUGGGACCCCUGUGUGAACUACUGUCACCCUUCCAACUCCAGCCUCUGCAACACAAGCGCCACCCUCAACAAGUCGUGGACCGCCUCAAAUAACAACACCAUCAACAGCCUCGACUACUGCAAGUCUCUGGUAUCUGUCAAUUUCUCUCCCGGCUCGACGACUACAUCGGGCCCCAGCAGCCAGAGCUCCAGCACCCUGCCGAGGCCUUCAGUUCCCAUGAGUCCACGAAACUCGCUGCUCAAACGACGGCAGAGGAAGAAAGAGCACAAAAGCUCCUUGUCUCUGGCGUCCAGUUCAGUGGGUCCGGGUGGUCAGGUGGUUCAUGUAGAGACCAGUGAAGUCGUCUUAACUGGUGACCCACUCAACGGCUUCGGUGUCCAGCUGCAGGGAGGAAUAUUCGCCACGGAAACGCUGUCCGCACCCCCGCUUAUCCGAUUCAUAGAGCCCGACAGCUCUGCAGAGAGGUGUGGCCUGCUGCAGGUUGGAGACCGCCUCCUGUCAAUCAAUGGAAUUCCCACAGAAGAUGGAACCCUGGAGGAAGCCAAUCAGCUGCUCCGAGACGCGGCGCUGACCAAUAAGGUCUCAUUGGACAUUGAAUUCGAUGUAGCAGAGUCGGUGGUGCCGAGCAGUGGUACGUUCCACGUCAAACUGCCGAAGAAAAGAGGAGUGGAGCUGGGGAUCACCAUCAGUGUCAGUAAGAAGCCCGGAGAGCCCCUCAUCAUUUCAGACAUCAAGAAGGGCAGCAUGGCCCACAGAACAGGAACACUGGAGCCGGGUGACAAGCUGUUGGCCAUCGACAACAUCAGACUGGAGAACUGUUCCAAAGACGACGCAGAGCAGAUCCUGCAGCAGUGUGAGGAGCUGGUCAAACUAAAGAUACGGAAAGAUGAAGACAACUCAGAUGAGCAGGAGACGUCAGGCAGCAUCAUCUACACAGUGGAGCUGAAGAGGUACGGAGGCCCUCUGGGUAUCACCAUCUCAGGCACCGAGGAGCCCUUUGACCCAAUCACUAUAUCAGGCCUGACCAAGAGAGGCCUGGCCGAGAGGACAGGAGCUAUUCAUGUAGGUGAUCGGAUCCUGGCUAUCAACAGCGUCAGUUUGAAAGGCAAGCCCCUGAGUGAAGCUAUCCACCUGCUGCAGAUGGCUGGAGAGACGGUCACCCUCAAGAUAAAAAAGCAGCUUGACAAUGUAGAGGACAGCAAGGCAGCAGAGGCAGAGGACACAACAGAGAAUGAAGUCAGUGACCCCGAGGAGGAUGAUUUGACGGACAGCCAACAGACCAAUAAGCUUUCAGAGCUUUACUCCACAACCAUACCCAGCGUAGACUCUGCCAUGGAGUCAUGGGAUGGCUCAGGGAUGGACGCCGGCUAUGGCAGCCAGGGUACUUACAACCACCAGGCAGCUGGUAUCGCCCUCCACCCCCAUGAGUGGCGUAGUGCCAAGCAGCAGCGCAGCACCACACCUCCUCCUGGACGCCGGAAGAACUACCCUUUCAGUGACGGAGGCUUCAGUGAGGAUGAAUGGGACAAACCACCUGGAUUUAUUGGCCAACAACCAGACGGUAUUCUGUUGGACCCCGAUGACAGUUUCUGGUGUCAGGCGCUUGAGGACCUGGAGACCUGCGGCCAAUCAGAGCUACUCAGAGAGAUAGAGGCAUCCAUCAUGACGGGAACAGCUAUCAGUCUGGGUGUCGAAGGUGUCAACAAGCCUCCAGCUGAGACCAUCCUGAGCCACAGCAGGAUGAGCCCACUGCGGAGAAAUUCACUCCUGCACCAUGGAAACCUGCUCCACCAGGGUACACACCUCCACCAGGGCUCCCAUCUGCACGAACAGGCCCACCUGCAUGAAGAGGCCCAACUCCACCAAGAUGUGCACCUGCUCCAGGAGGCCCAUUUCAACCAUGAGGCCCACCUGCACCAUGAGGUCCACCUGCACCAGGCGGCCCACAUUCACCAAGAUAACCAAUCCUCUCUUCUGCACCAUGAGCCCAAGUCAAAGGCCUCAUUGAGAGUGUCAGAAAGGACGUGGGAGUCUCGUCGGAUCAAAGAGGAGAUGCAGGGGAUUUUGUCCCCAACGCCUUUGGAGCUGCAUAAAGUAACGGUAGUAAAGGACCCGGAGAUCGACGACUUUGGCUUCAGCGUGUCAGACGGCUUCUUGGAGAAAGGAGUUUACGUCAACAUGAUCAGACCUGACGGGCCAGCCGACCGGGCCGGGCUUAAACCCUACGACAGGAUCCUGCAGGUGAACCACGUGAGGACCAGAGACUUUGACUGCUGCCUGGCGGUGCCUCUGAUCACAGAGGCUGGGGACAGACUGGAGCUGGUCAUCAGUCGCAACCCACUGGCAAAUGACGACGACGACACAGAGGACAAUAACAACACUUUCGACCACCCGCUAGACCUGUAACACACACACACACACACACACACACACACACACACACACACACACACACACACACACACACACACACACACACACACACACACACACACACACACAAAAACACAGACAGAUGUAUCUCUAGACAUACACACCACAUGCAUUCACUCUGCCACACACAGGCAGCAGACAUACUAUAACUGGUGAUGAAGUGCAAAGUUAUAUCUACUGGAACUGGCCAAAACACACACACACACACACACACACACACACACACUCCACCGGCUUGCAAUAAUUCUAUUUAAACACAGAGACUCCUUCAGGAACAAACACACACUGUGACUUGCAUGCUCACACAAUGGCCCCUUCCCAUUCACACUCGGUUGAACUGCUGUCAUACAGUAUAACACUCGAUGGAAGGGCUGGAGUCAUGCAGAGAAACCACCAAGGACACUCUCAUUAAGGCUCGCUGGGAGUCCAAUGUUUUUCCAACAUAAACAACCACUGACUUGGCACUUUAACCAGCCAUUAACUGAUUCGGACUUACGUAAAACAAAUUCAUAAAAACCUGCAAUUUUGGUGAGGUAAUUUCAGCAGUUUGUAAUGCAAGGUUUAUAGAAAUAUUUAGUGCUGGUGUUGCCAGAGGGAUCUGCCUUAUUACACAACUUUGCAAGGGAUUUGAGGAAAUCUGAGGUGAAACUGUAAUGAUAAAAUAGAAAAACUGCCUCGCUCAGUUUGCAGAUUCCAUCUGUUUUAAGAAAGGCUAUAAACACUCACUAGGAGAUUGAAACAACAGUUUAUACAAUGUAGCCAUUGUAGAAGUCCAUAUUGCUGCUAAGAAUCUGCUCAAUUCCCAAGAGUCAUUUUCUGGAAAAGGUCAAGUUUAGCUCUUUUUCCAGCUUUCACAUGAAGACUUCUAUAUUACAUACCUCUGCACAUCAUAAGGCCAGCGAUAGGACAGUGAUAUUAUAAAAAAAAAUCUAAAUGUGUGCCAUGAUUGCAAGUUCAAGACAAUGAUGUCAUCACA